UAUGGCUGAGGUAACAGAGACCUGAAGGGCCUUGCUCAAAUCACAGAGAUGUUCAGGUGCAGGAUAAGCACUUGGGUCCAGAAUCCACCCCAAGCUGUGGGGUGCCCACCCUGCUCUGAACACUCUCUAUCCUCUAGGAUAGGAGGAGGAAUUCUCUACACAUCUGAGAAGUGGGUGACACGAUUGCCCCAUUUGACAAAUGGGCAAACUGAGGAUCAGGGACCCAGAUCUGAGUGACCCCACCUGGUGUCGGGGGGGGGGUCACUUUUAAUACUUUUUAAAAAUAUUCAAGUUUAAUAAUUUAUGCUUUACCAGUAAGACACACAUUUCUACUUUUCAGUAAAAGGUGUUAGUGGAACAGUCUUGAGUAUGCCGACCCGAAGCUGGCCCAACGCUGCCUGGGCCUCAUCUGCCCGCAGCUUUGCCCGGUGUCCUCCAAAGCCCCGACUAGCCCGCGUGCCAGGCCCACCCCGUGCCCUGCUCCGUGACCAGUUACCCCUAGCUGGUGCUGUUAGGCCCCUUGUCCUCCAAGUGUUCUGGGUGUGUGCAGCAGUGCCAAGAGAGGCUGUGUGUUCUCCUCAUGCCUUAGUUUUCCCAUCUGUAAAGUGGGGGUUAAUAAUACUACCCACCUCAAGGGGUUGUUGUGAGGACUGAGUAAAUUCAUGUCAAGACUGAUGCAUAGUAAGGGCUCAGUGAGUAUUAUUACUACUACUUCAGAUUGGGUAAUAUCAUUUAUUUAUUUUUCUUAUUUAAUGAACAGAAUCUAUCCAAACUGCUAAAAGCUUAGUCCAAAUGAAAACAGCCAAUAUCCAUGGGUUCUGAUCUCCAAAGGAGAAAUGCAAAAUCCUACUGGGAGGCUGUGCAGCCAGCUGCCUGGGCUUGAGUCCUGGCUCUGUCCCAGCUAGAUAACCUAGAUCUCAAAUGACUUGACCCCUCUCUUCAGUAUUUCCAUCUGUAAAAUAGCCAUAUGAUAGUAUCAGCCUCAGAGGGCUGUAGCGAGGUCAGCACGAGCUAAUAGAUGAACUUGUAGGACACGGCGUGGUACAGAGUCAGUGCUGAAGAAAGGGGUGGCAUCAUUAUCAUCCUUUUUCCCUUGGGUUGGCUCCCUACCCCUAAACAGUGCCCUGUGUGAGGGCUCCCUGGACCUGCCCGAGAGCUUCUCCCCGACCCUGCUGUCGCUGGGAAAUACACACACCCAGGGUCAGGUGGCAUGCCAGGGUCCCCUCCGCCCCACCCCCGGACACAGGAGACAGCUCUGGGAUGGGACUGGCACACUGGAGCAGUUUUCUCCUCGCCCACCAUUGCCCACAUCUCCAGCUCACUCGUUAGGACUGGAGUCACCCAGCUGAAGGCCGGCAGCUUCCUGAGGGUACCGUCACUGCACCUGCUCCUCUUCACAUCCAACUCCUUCUCCGUGAUCGAGGACGAUGCGUUUGCGGGCCUGUCCCACCUGCAGUACCUCUUUAUCGAAGACAAUGAGAUUGGCUCCAUCUCUAAGAACGCUCUCAGAGGACUCCGCUCACUCACACACCUAAGCCUGGCCAAUAACCAUCUCGAGACCCUCCCCAGAUUCCUGUUCCGAGGCCUGGAGACCCUGACUCACGUGGACCUCCGCGGGAACCCGUUCCAGUGUGACUGCCGUGUCCUCUGGCUGCUGCAGUGGAUACCCACCGUGAACGCCAGCGUGGGGACUGGGGCCUGUGCCGGCCCCGCCGCCCUGGCCCACAUGCAGCUCCACCACCUCGACCCCAAGACGUUCAAGUGCAGAGCCAUAGAGCUAUCCUGGUUCCAGACGGUUGGCGAGUCAGCGCUGGGCGUAGAGGCUUUCUCCUACCAAGGGGAGCCCCACGUCGUCCUGGCACAGCCCUUUGCCGGCCGCUGCCUGAUCCUGACCUGGGACUACAGCCUGCAGCGCUUCCGGCAGGAGGAAGAGCUGUCUGCGCCCUCGGUGGUGUCCUGCAAGCCGCUGGUGCUGGGCCGGCGCCUCUUUGUGCUGGCCGCCCGCCUGUGGGGAGGCUCGCAGCUGUGGGCCCGGCCCGGCCCCGACCUGCGCCUGGCCCCGCUGCAGGCCCUGGCUCCACGGCGGCUGCUGCGGCCCAAUGAUGCCGAGCUCCUGUGGCUGGACGGGCAGCCCUGCUUCGUGGUGGCCGACGCCUCCAAGGCGGGCAGCACCACGCUGCUGUGCCGGGACGGGCCCGGCUUCUACCCGCGCCAGAGCCUGCACGCCUGGCACCGGGACACGGAUGCCGAGGCCCUCGAGCUGGACGGCCGGCCCCAUCUGCUGCUAGCCUCCGCCUCGCAGCGGCCCGUGCUCUUCCACUGGUUUGGGGGCCGCUUCGAGAGGCGCACGGACAUCCCCGAGGCCGAGGACGUCUACGCCACGCGCCACUUCCAGGCCAGCGGAGACGUGUUCCUGUGCCUGACACGCUACAUCGGGGACUCCAUGGUCAUGCGCUGGGAUGGUUCCAUGUUUCGCCUGCUGCAGCAGCUUCCCUCUCGCGGCGCCCACGUCUUCCAGCCACUGCUCAUCGCCAGGGACCAGCUGGCUAUCCUGGGCAGCGACUUCGCCUUCAGCCAGGUCUUCCGCCUUGAGCCUGACAGGGGGCUCCUGGAGCCACUGCAGGAGCUGGGGCCCCCAGCCUUGGUGGCCCCCCGUGCCUUUGCCCAUAUCACCAUGGCCGGCAGACGCUUUCUCUUCGCUGCUUGCUUCAAGGGCCCCACACAGAUCUACCAGCAUCACGAGUUAGACCUCAGUGCCUGAGACUGGAAGGGACCCUGGACAUGGCUGGCAGAGGGCUGGCAUGGGGAGUCCUGGGCCUCUAGAUGCCCCAUUGCCUGGACUCCUGGCCCUACUCAGAGGUGACUGCUGGUCCUGCGAGAUACUGACCACAGGCCAAGUUCAAGGCAAGAGCUGCUCGUCCAGUCUUAAGCAACAUCUUGGCUGGGGGCAGAUGACCCCCUCCCCCUCCAAGGAUGACUUGGGGGCUCACGCUGGGGCACAGCCACACGGAGCCAGUACAGAAAUCAUGGGGGCGGGUAAUGUGCAGCGCUCCAUGAGGUCUGGAAGCGCCCCCCUCAACCCACUCUCACCCCUCCUAUUCCCUGUAAAAGUACUACGGAGAGGAUAGCUCUCCUUUUCCUUCUAAACUCAAUCCAGCCAAUCGCUUUUAGAGCCCGCCUCCAUGACGUCAUCAGUAGCUGGGCAGUUUUCCCUGCCGGGCUUGCUAACUUCCUCUGCUGCUUGUGCGCAUGCCUGCUGCCGAGGCGGAAGCCCAGCGUGUCUUCCCUGUUGCGCGUGCGCAGGGAAUAGGCGGGAAAUAGAGAAUUGUUGCCGGGAGUCCGAGGUACCCGUCCUCGGUCGGUGAAAGGGGCGAGGACAGAAAUUGUAUGAGCUCAAUAAACGCACUGUGCACCUGC